AUGACUCUCAUGCAGACAGAAGCCACUACCGGGACAGCGCAAGACAAGCCCAACCAGCCACCUCCGAACUUCUGGGACCCCAUCCCCUACCUGACCGAAGUACCAACCACCAAGUGCCUGACCAGGGUCGAGCACGACAUCUGGGAGAUAGAGGACUACAGUAUUCCCGGAAUGUUCAUCUCUGCCGAGGAGAACGACAUGACCAAGAUCCACGCGCUUAUCUUGGGCCCUACGGGCACGCCGUACGAAGGCGGCUUCUUCCACUUCCUGAUGAAGUGUCCGCCUGACUACCCCGACAGUCCACCGCGGGUGCGCCUGAUGACCACCGACGCCGGACGCGUGCGGUUUGGGCCGAGCUUCUACGAGAACGGCAAGGUCUGUCUAGGGCUGCUGGGUACCUCGUCGGCUGGAACCACGUGGAGUUCUGGUCAGUGCCUCGGAAGCGUGCUAUUCGCCAUCAAGUCGCUUCUGACGACCGAGAACCCGGUCGCCCAAGGGUCCGCCUUCGGAGUCCUCCCGGCGUUGGGAACGUGGCUGAGCGGCAAGAUCUGCUACAACGCCGUGCUCCAGCACGAGACCAUCAGGGUCGCGGUGUGCGACGUGGUCGAAUGCUGCCUGCGCGAAACGUCGCCGUGGCCGCCGGCCUUCAGGGACAAGAUCUUGAAGCACUUCCCGCAGUUCUACACCGAGUACGAAAGGACGGUCAAGAAACACCUCCACUUGACCGGUUCCUACAUGAACGACUCCAAAGAGGGAGGCGUGCCCACGUAUCAGUUCGAGACGCUCUUGCAACGCCUCGCAGAGCUGCGCGAGAAGGUCAGAGGGGUGAACGAUGCGGCCGCCGGAAAAGCAAACGAGUGA